UACUCACUUAGAUUAUAUGAUAUACAAACCUUCAAAUAAUUGUCAAACUCAUUAGAUUAGUGCAGUCGAGUAGCAAGAAUAUCUACAUUUCGCAUCACCAAAGAAGUUAACCCGUAAAGAAACAAUAAGAGGCAAGCGCAAACAAAGUGAUCGGUUUUUAUACAAGCGACAUCGGAUAUUGGUUGUUGACUGGGAUGUCUCAAAAUUAGUUGUUGCGUUACAUGUUUUGGUGCAGAAGUUUUGUCUGUCCGGGAAGAAGGGUUUUGACUUUUGUAAAUAGAAGUCUCUUUGUUCAGUGUUCUCCGUUAUGUGGAAGUUUCAAUCGACGGUCCGAGAACCUAUGGAUUUGCAGAAUUCUUAGUAAAUUGUCACCAAGUGACAAAAUGCUCCUGUAUCAAGAAUUAUCCAAGUGCAUCACGGAGAGACCAGACUCCUCAGUGAGUACACAACAAGUUGAGGUAGCCCAUUUGACAUAUGCGCAACUUAAGUGCAUUUUUAUAGGUAACUGUCUCCCGUUCAUAGGAUUUGGUUUCCUGGAUAAUGCAAUUAUGAUAGUGGCUGGGGAGUAUAUUGACGUGCAAUUCGCAACAUUCUUGGGCAUUUCGACAAUGGCUGGUACCUAUAUUUCUGAUAAUUUUCAUGUUUCUAGCUGCCGGUCUAGGAAAUCUUGUUUCCGAUCUUUUUGGCAUAGGGCUCGUCGGCUACGUUGAAAAGUUCAUGGAAAAAAUUGGCAUUUCUGUUCCCCCAUUGUCUGCAUCCCAACUAGCCAGCAGUUCAGUUCGUUGGUCUAUAGCAAUAGGACGGAUCGUUGGCAUUACUACUGGUUGUCUUCUAGGUUUAUUGCCUCUUGUUUUGUUCAGUUGGUGAAAGCUAAAAAGAUUAACCAAGGGUUCAGUCCAACUUUCCGGGUUCUUUACCUCUACAAUAGCAGUGUUUUUAAUUAACUAGAUGUAUCUUGAUUUCUUCCUUAGCAUAAAUCUACAGAUCUUUAUAAGUCGUGACAGUGAAUUUGUAACUCUAAUGCAAACGCUUUGCAAAAGUAUAUUCUCAUACUAACCAGCCAUUUAAAACAGCAUCACAGCUCUGCAGAACAAUUUUUGGUUUCAAAAUUAACGUAAUAUCCAACAUCUGAUUUCGUAUAAUUUUUUAUUCCGUUAUCUGGAUCGAUUUUUUACUGAUCUAAUCAUAUUACAAGUAUGCAGAUAAUAUUUCCAAACUGCUGAACUGUUUAAAAUAAGUCUCAUAUCAUAAAUGCCUUUGAAGACACUUGAGCGCCAAUCUCAACUAUACCGUGUGGUAAAUAUGAUUCUCUAAAUGUAUUAGGAUUACAUAAUUAAUAUCUUAAUAAUCCUUCAUUCUUAGUUUAUAAUUUACUACUUUAUUUUUAAUUUCUAUGUAAAAUACCUAGCUUUCAUCAAAAUAAAUGUAUUUUUACUAAACUCCCAGCGUUAAGAAAUGUGCCAAGAAAAUGCUUUGUCGACUUGUUUAUGUACAGUGACCAAGGUACCUGGUCCUUAACAACUCCCUGAGAGUAUGAGAUUUAAAUUUCGUGGAUUGUGGGUAAACAUAAAUUCCUAAACUCCUUGAUGUAUAAAUGCUAUAAACCUUUGCAUAGUGAAUGGUUAGUAAAAGUAACCCAUGCUUGAUAAAGUUUUGGCAAAAUGUCCCAUACUUAUUUAGAAUUAUUAUUUUUAUUAAUCAAACGUAUGAUGUCUUAUACUUUGAUUCUUCG